AUGUCAGAGGAUCAGAGAAUGGAUGUGGAUGCGUCGUCCAGCUCGACAAAUAUCCCAGCUGUCGAAACGUCUGUCAAUCGUAUACCGACACACCUCGACCUCCGACGACAACUCACGCUUUUAAUUGAAGACAUCGGAUACUCGCCGUCGUCUCCUCCACCUGUCUCAAUCCCUCGCAUCGUUUUCGACUAUCUACUCUUAGAAAACGCAGAAAACUCGACUAGUCAACUCCUAGAUGCUCUCUCACUGCUCGCUGCUUGCGAAGGCAUCUCAGAUUUCGUUCUAUCAAGAUUUCAACCUAUUCUGAUUGAUCUUUUGGCAAGAUGGCUCCCAGAUUCUGCUUUUUCAGAUGUAGAUCUGUGCGAGAGGAGACUUGGGGUUCUCGCAACAAUUGCAGAAGCUCAUCCCGAAACAUGGAGCAUUACAACGGCAUUUAUCCUCAAAUCGCCUUUCCGCUCGUCGCCAUUAUCAACGAUAUCCGCAUUAGACGUUAGAUCUGUUUCUGCUGACCGAGUUCACUCUCUUCUGCUCUCUUAUCUCCGUCUCCUUACAGCGGAUCCAGCUAUAGCAACUCGUAAUGACUGGCCUCUAUCAUCACUCCAUGACCUCCGUACCGGACAUCCAGAUUGCGGAGUUCGAUUACUGGCGAUUCAAAUUCUAGCCAAGCACAGAGGAUGGGGCGAGGAGAAGAGAAUGUCGAUGGAGAGGGAAUGGGUAGGACCGGUUGACAAGGUGGAUGCGAGUCUUUUCUAUGGAUAUGAGAUUGUGAAAGCAUCCAGCCAAGAGCACGAAGUGCGAAAAAUUUACGUGGAUGGUUGGAUGCUGCCAAUUCUAGAGUCUCAGCGUAAUGACAGAAUACGACUAGGAGCCCCGAAUGUUAAUUACUCAAUAUCUCCCACGAUUCUUCCCACCGACCUAUGUUCUCAUGUUACGCUAGUUGCAGAUUCGUUACUGCACUGUGCUUCUGCCGCAUCUGGAACUACUCCAACUGCCACGAUCCUCCAUGUUCGUACAGCACCCACCGAUGCUGUUCUCCGUGCACUAUGUCCUCUCAUCCAGCUUGGUCUUCCUACACUUCUUACCUCAUCGCCAUCCUCCGGUAAAACCCAUAUCUUACAAUACCUCUCUUCGGUGAUCUUCCCUUCUGUUCACCCUACCAACCAGAUUCUCACUAUACCCCUCGCAGACACCUCCAUUGAUGUGAAGAGUUUGAUUGGUACAUAUGUUUCCUCACCUACAAAACCGGGCACAUUUGAGUGGAUGGAAGGAGCUUUGGCAAAAGCCAUAAGGGCUGGCAGAUGGGUGAUUUUUGAGGAUAUAGAUCGCGGAAGUACGGAGAUGCUCGUCACUAUAUCUGGAAUAACAAGAAGUCUCAAAGCGGGUCGCCCUGGAAGAAGAGCAAGAUUAUCCAUACCUGGACGAGAGGAUAUAGAAGCGGGAGAUGGCUUCGCUCUGUUUGCUACCAGAACCACCAGAACUGGCUACACCGCCCCGUCGUUCUUUGGACACCAUAUUUUCAAUGAGGUUCACCUUGACGCGCCAUCCGAUGAAGACAUCCUUGCUAUCCUAACAGCUGGAUUCAAAAAGCUUCCCAACACUCUUCUUACUGCUCUGGUGAAUAUUUGGCACGAUCUCCAACCAUUUGACAAGCUUUCAGGUCAAGUAAAGGCUCGUGAUAUUGGCCUGCGAGAUCUUGAAAAAUGGUGUGCGAGAGUAGAAAGAAACCUUCCGACAUCGGCCUCUAUGGCUUCACUUGAGAAAUCCGGAUCUGAUAUUUUAUUGAAUCCCAUUCUUCAAGAUGAAAUAUUCCUUGAAGCUGUCGAUAUCUUCGUCGCAUCCCUUGACAAUAAAGGUGUAUCCUUACAAAAACGAGCUCAGAUGUUAGAAAUUAUUGCAAGUGGACUAGGUAUGGAUAAUGAUAGAAUAUCUGCUUUGGCAAGUCGGAAACCCAAUUUUGAACUCAGCCCUGGAUUAAAACAGCUUCAUAUUGGUCGUACCAUCAUGGAUAUUGGGGCUUCAUCGCGACGAAUAGCAGCUCCAUCCUCGCGACCCUUCGCCCUUACCAAGCCCUCGUUGAUUCUUCUUGAGCGUAUUGCCGUAUCUUUGGCUCUCGGUGAGCCCACGCUGCUUGUUGGUGAGACCGGUACCGGUAAGACGACUGCUGUUCAACACAUCGCCUCCAUCGUCAAAAAGCCUCUCACCGUUCUCAAUUUGUCAAUGCAAACGGAAAGCAGUGAUUUGCUGGGUGGAUUCAAGCCAAUAGAUGCUUCAAUAUCCGCCAGGAGUCUUCAAGCACGAUGGCAGAAGCUCUUUUGCGAGACAUUCAGUAUGGGGAAGGCUCAAAAUGGCGCUUAUGUGGAAGCUGCAUCCAAAGCUUUAGCGGGUAGAAAAUGGUCAAGAUGUGCAGAACUUUGGUCUUCUUCUGCUCGCAGGGCUAUAGAUAAGCUUGGAAAAGGCGAGAGUGAAGCUACUACCCCGGACGAAGGAGCACCCCCGAAGCGUAGAAAGAUCACCAAAGCUACAAAAGUAGCUAUUCAGUGGCAGUCUUUGCUGGUGGAUAUCUCAGAAUUUGACUUGCACCAUGUCAAGAUGAAUAGCAAAUUGGUCUUCUCUUUCGUGGAAGGGCCACUUGUCAAAGCCAUGAAAUCAGGUGAAUGGAUACUAUUAGACGAAGUUAACCUUGCCUCUCAAGAAACACUUGAGGCUAUUUCAACUAUCCUCGAAGGACCAAACGCCUCCCUGGUUCUUACCGAGCGAGGGGACGUGGAACCGAUUAUCCGACAUCCACAAUUCCGCCUCUUUGCCUGUAUGAAUCCUGCCACCGACGUGGGGAAGAAAGAUCUUCCGCCUAAUCUUCGAGGACGAUUUACAGAACUCUACGUUCCUCCACCAGAUGACGAUAGAGAAGCUCUUAUUGCUAUCGUUGCUCAAUAUCUUGGUGAUUCUGUUGCAGGGGAUAGAGGGGUGAUUCUGGAUGUAGUGGAGCUCUAUUCUACUGUCAAAAUGCUGUCAAGUGCGAAGGAGAUUGUCGAUGGAUCGAAUGCAGCUCCUCAUUACAGUAUGAGAACGCUUGCUCGAGCUCUGACGUUCGCAGUCGAAAGCGCUCCAUUAUUCGGUCUUCGACGAGGUAUAUGGGAAGGCUUUUUGAUGGCUUUUACCAUGUCACUCGAUGAUGCUAGCACCAAAAGUGCUCAUCAAGCUGCCGAGAGAUAUAUACUCGGUCCAAUGAAGAACGCCCGUGCCGUUUUAGCUCAAAUACCAUCACUUUCUGCUUCAAUGGAUCCAGACGAUUUUGUUCGAUUCGGCCCUUUUUGGCUUCAACGCGGGCCAUUAGGUCCGGCACCUGAAUCAAGAUAUAUCAUCACUCCUUCUGUUCAAUCCAAGUUGUCCGAUCUUGCCCGAGUAAUACUUACCAAGCGAUAUCCCGUACUCAUUCAAGGUCCAACUUCAGCUGGUAAAACUAGUGCCGUGGAGUUCUUAGCUCGUCAGACCGGUCAUCGGUUUGUUCGAAUCAAUAACCAUGAACAUACCGACAUUCAGGAGUACCUCGGUACCUACGUCACCGAUCCUCAAAGUGGCAAUCUAGUUUUCCAAGAGGGCCUACUAGUAACUGCAGUAAAGCAAGGUCACUGGAUUGUACUGGAUGAGCUGAAUUUGGCUCCCACCGAUGUGCUCGAAGCUUUGAAUCGACUACUAGACGACAAUCGAGAAUUAGUUAUCCCAGAAACUCAAGAAGUCAUCAAGCCUCAUCCCAAUUUUAUCCUCUUCGCUACUCAAAAUCCUCCAGGUCUCUAUGCUGGACGAAAAGUUCUAUCCCGAGCUUUUAGGAAUCGAUUUUUGGAAGUCCACUUUGACGAUGUACCUAAAAUCGAAUUAGAAACAAUUCUCUGCCAAAGAUGUCAAAUCGCCCCAUCCUAUGCGAAGAAGAUUGUUCAAGUAUUUGAAGAGCUUCGUCAUCGGCGUCAAGCCUCCAGAGUCUUCGAAUCCAAAGGCUCUUUCGCCACCCUCAGAGACUUGUUCCGAUGGGCAGAAAGAGGCGCAGUAGGUUAUCAACAACUCGCUGAAGAUGGUUACAUGCUACUCGCCGAACGGGCUCGUCAGGACGAGGACAAAUUGGUUAUCAAGCAAGUCAUACAAGAAGUGAUGAAGGUUACUAUCAAUGAAGAUAUGUAUUCGCUCUUCGACGAGAAUAGCAGUGCUUUCUCUCGGAUGCCAAUCACCAAUCUUCCAUCGACAAGUAUGGUCUGGACCAAAGCAAUGCAGCGACUCUAUGCUCUGGUCGCUGCGGCUUUAGCACAUAAUGAACCGGUACUCCUUGUCGGUGAGACCGGUUGUGGUAAAACGUCCGUAUGCGAAGUAAUUGCCUCAAUGUUUGAUCAACAGCUCGUGGGAGUGAACUGCCACCAGAAUAUGGAGACAGCGGAUUUAUUAGGAAGUCAACGUCCCGUUCGAAAUAGAUUGGAAAGGAGAUCAAAAAUCAUCACUUCGCUCAGUCAAUACGGCACCAUAUCUGCAAAUGUCACUGAUGAUGGAUUAACGUCUAUCUGUACCGAGCUCUCCAAGAGGAGUGACAUCGAUCAGCAAGUGAUAAAUACCUGCAAGCGAGAAAUCAAGCAGCUCUCAGCACUGUUCGAAUGGUCUGAUGGCCCUCUCGUGCACGCUAUGAUCGAAGGUGACCUCUUAUUGCUAGAUGAAGUUUCCCUUGCCGAUGACUCUGUUUUGGAACGACUGAACUCUGUACUUGAACCUGGAAGAACACUGGUAUUGGCUGAGAAGGGAGGUGUCAACAUUGACGAAGCUACUAUAAUAGCCAAUGACAAAUUUCAUGUGGUUGCCACCAUGAAUCCUGGAGGAGAUUUUGGAAAGAAAGAGUUGUCUCCUGCACUUAGAAAUCGUUUCACAGAGAUCUGGGUACCAGCCUUGAAUGAUAGAAGUGACUUGCUACAGAUCAUUGGACAAUCGUGGAAACGCAAAGAACUGCAAGAAUGUGGCCCAAGUAUACUAGACUUCUUCUUAUGGUUUGGAGACAGAUUGGGGGAUUCGUCUGGAUUGGGUUUGCGUGAUAUUCUUGCUUGGGUCAGCUUCACCAACGAUAUGUUUAGCAAGGGUUUGAUCGAAGCACAAUCAUUUCAUCACGGUGGUCAAAUGGUAUUGAUUGAUGGUCUUGAAUCACUACCUCAGGUCGCUGGAUUGUCUGCGUUGUCCAUUGCUACCCUUCGAAACGACUGUCUAAGCAAGCUCGAUUAUUAUGCUUCAACCCUCUCAGGCGGGGAUUCUGUACAUUCAGAGCUCGACCUCGCGAUCAAAACGACAUCUGAAUAUGUUUCAAUUGGUAACUUCGCCAUCCCCCGAGGAUCUAUCAUUUCUGAAACUGUAAUGUUCCGCUUCGAAGCUCCCACUACCGCACUCAACGCAAUGCGAGUACUCCGAGGAUGCCAAUUACCUAAAGCUAUUUUACUUGAAGGUAGUCCUGGUGUGGGAAAAACAAGUCUUGUCUCUGCUCUUGCUGCUACUGCUGGUCAUCGACUGCAACGUAUCAAUCUCUCAGAUCAGACUGAUCUCAUCGACUUGUUCGGUUCCGAUCUUCCAGUGGAAGGUGGUCAACCCGGUGAAUUCCAGUGGCGAGAUGCUGCAUUCCUCGACGCAAUGCAAAAAGGAGAUUGGGUUUUAUUGGAUGAAAUGAACCUCGCUUCUCAGACCGUACUUGAAGGUCUGAAUGCUGUUCUUGAUCAUAGAGGAACAGUCUACAUUCCGGAGCUGGGCAAAUCUUUCGAUCGACAUCCAAAAUUCCGAGUAUUUGCAGCUCAAAACCCUUUACAACAAGGUGGUGGUAGAAAAGGUCUUCCCAAAUCAUUCCUCAAUAGAUUCACCAAAGUCUACCUGCAAGAACAUACUUCCGAAGAUUUGAUGAUUAUUUGUCGAGAUCUUCAUCCUUUGCCAACAAAUAUCAUCGAAAAGAUGAUUAUAUUCAACGAAGAAAUGAGACAACAAACCAUGAUCACUAGAACCAUUGGCAGAGAAGGUAGUCCAUGGGAAUUCAAUCUGCGAGAUCUUUUCAGAUGGUUCAAUCUCCUCUCUUCGUCCAAUGGACUGGAAGAGAGCAUUCAUCCAGCUGAAUACUUUUCGAUGGUUUACCGACAACGAUUUCGGAACGAAAGAGACCGGCAAGCUGUCACUCAAGCUUUUGAGGGUAUUUUCGGAAUCAGGGUGGAUAUGAGACGUCCCACACCAUACAUCACUCCUCAAUUCCUGCAAGUAGGACACUCACUCAUACGGAGAGGGGGAAAGUCGACAAUCGAUAUUCAGCUCACCCAUCACCAUCUGGAUAUCGCUCAAUCAGUCCUCAAGAGCAUUGAGCUAGGUUGGCUCGUCAUUCUUGCCGGAGAAAGCGGUGUUGGGAAAAGAUCAUUGGUUAGAGGACUUGCUGAAGCGGCCGGAAGACCACUGGGUGAAUUUUCAAUGCACCCUGGUGUCGAUACUUCCGAAAUUCUUGGUAGUUUCGAACAACAAGAUGUCGGCCGGCUUCUCGAUUCCGUUUCCCGAGAAAUCGCUAGCCUCCUUGAAUCGAUCUCCGAUGUUCAUCCAGACACUGCGGCUCGUCUCGCCCAGUUUAAGUCCGCUCGCCAACAAUGUUCUAACUCGUCCAACGUCAAUGCGGUACCCCUGUUUUGCAACCUCUGUGAUGAUAUCAUCUUGCAAUUAGCUUCUCACAUCGACACCAACACAGCUCGCCUAACCCUCAACAGCCUCAUUAAAGCUGGACCAAACGCAGUCGGGUUCGCGUGGAUCGAUGGCCAAUUGAUUCACGCCAUCAAGAAUGGUGGCUGGUUCCUUAUCUCCGAGGCCAAUCUCUGUAGUGCUUCGGUCCUGGAUCGGCUGAAUAGUCUUUGCGAGUCUGACGGUGUACUUGUUCUCAGUGAAAAAGGUUCUUCCACCGGUACUCCUGAAAUCUUGAAACCUCACAAAAAUUUCAGGUUGUUCAUGACAUAUGAUCCAAGACACGGAGAAUUGUCAAGAGCGAUGAGAAACAGAGGUGUCGAGCUGUUCGUAGCUCGAUCUGAGGUUGAGCCAACUCAGGUUCAUCAGUCGUCGGCGUUGUCGGAUCAUUCACUACUCCGACAAGCAGCUGUUCUUUCAGGUACCGCAAUAUCACUAGCCGAUGCGCAGGCUACUUCAGCAGCUUCAUUAGCCGCUAAUAACGUGUCCAGUCAAAGCCAAGAAAUCAUACCAUUCUUGCAACGGAUCAAACACACUAUCGAAUCUGGAGAAAGAUCUAUUCUCGGAGUGGCAGCGCAAAUUCUCAGUGAGGGUCCUGUGGUGGAUGCUCUCAAAACCAUAGCAAACCGAGCUUGUAGUGCUCAGAGAAUCCAGUCAGGCUUCUCAUCCUCACUGCCUAUCGAUAUCGCGCUCAACCCCAACACGCAUGCUCAAUACCGUGGAGCUGUGUUCACUGUCUUGCAAGCUCUUCUCCGAAAUGAGACUCGCCAAGAGGAGAUUCAAGCUUGGUUGACCAAUCCAGUGAACGCGAAAAGCGUCCUUGCUGUAUCUGCUGUUUCGGUUCGACGUGGACCUUCGAGAAACAAAGCUCAACCUGGAAAUGACAUUUAUCCUUUCACAAACCACUUCAGAGAAUUAUUUAAGCAACAGCUACCGGCCGUAUUUGCAGAAAGCUCAGAUUUCGGUUCGAACUAUUUCGAGCAACUUGAGCGUGUUUGUGUAUACGUAAAGCUUAUCGAGGAUCAUGCUAAGAGUAAUGCGUUCGACUACUCAUCCACUAAAUUGCUUGCAAGCUGGCUUAACGAAGACCUUCAAGCGUUAUCUCAUCUUGCUCCUAUCUUGGAGAAGUUACAGACAUUAGUAAGAACCGUCGAAAUCACAAGCGGUUUAGGUCAAACCCAGGUGUGGAUGUUGUUCCGGGAUAUAGUCGGAGAGUCAUCCAAUCAUGCUCAUAUCACCAGAUUGGCGGAAAUGGCAAAUGAUGUACAGGAUCCUGAGCUUCGUCGGUCUGUUCUGCAAGCUUUAGCCAGGAUGACUGAUGAGACACCUUCUGCGGAAGCCAUCUCUGAACUCGAAAGUUUGAUCAGGGCCACUCGCUCUAGCGUCCCCAUGCAACUGAAAAGCCUCGAAGGAUGGACCAGUGGACCAGUGAUCAGUGCUCUGGAACUGGCCACAAUAGCUGGAGAUGCUGGAGGUGCGAUAGCAGUGAUGCUAGCAGAUCCAAAUUUGGACCUCAGUACUCUCGUACCAGUUCAACGAUCUUCGAAUAUUUCUCGCUCACCUGCAAUAGUCUUCCAAGCUCUGUCGAGCUGGAUUAAGAGAAUGUGGGAUCAUUCGAAUCCCAAUACCGAGGAACUGGACGGUCCAGCCGAUCUCUUCAAACCGAUACGCUUAGCUUCAGCCUUACGUUUCAGUACGACCGAGACAAUCAAAAUGUCAGAAAUACCUCAACAAGAUGACGCUUUGAGUUUCUCCGUCCAGACACUAUUGUGGGGUACUCAAGCGACGGAGGAUCGGAAGGGAAAUACAUACGCCCUGGCCAUGAAAUCUAUAGAAAUGAUACUUUCCGGUUUCGGUAUUUCCAUUAUCUUCAGCAGUGAUCCGUCUGCCGCUCUCGCUCAGCUUGGUCAAAUUCUGGCGCAGGGAUCUAGUGACCCUGCCAUCGUCUAUCUUCAUCAGACCCUUGGCCGCAGAAUCCUGCCAGCUUUCAAGAGCACUGCGAAUCAAGGUGAAGAUCUCAGAGCUGUCGGAAAUCUCUGGCUAUCGAUUUCACGCUUCCUUUUGGAUAUCUACGUCACUAAUAUCCCCAUUGAUCCUGGAGUCAGGCGUUCGCUGCUGGGAGAAAUCCUAGAGACACGAUUGACACUUGUCCAAGAAGAGCUAUCAGCAGCCGAAGCUGGUGAAAUAGCUAUCAAGGGUAUUGCCGACUCCUUACGAAUCGAUGGUAUCAACCAGAGAAUCGAGCGAUUGACUGAGGAUCAAGAUGCUCUUGGACCGACCCUGAAUCGACAUCCGGACGCCAAUAGACUAUCUUACCUGUUCAACGAAGUCGACACGUUUUUAAACGAUCCAUAUAGCGAGAAGCGCACUACUGAACUUGUUAACGCUUUAGAAAGUGGUCUCACUCAAUCUUUUGCAAGAGAAAGCGAUUUCCAACUUGCAUCGGCUGCAUUCGUUCAGAGAUUGACAUCCAAUUAUCACGACAUGGCCGAUCUUAUUCAACCAAUAAUCACAGCUACUCUGUUCGGCAAAUUCGGAUUACGAAUACUGGCAAGAGAUGCCAAAUUGCAUUCAGCUAAACCCGUCUCGACCUUGAAGGAUGUAGUGGCAUUCCCCCUUGCAGCGGGAGUGCACCGGAUCCAUCGACUCUCAUCUGAAUCUGCAGCCAAUCUAACCAGCAUUAUCUCCGAGCAGUUGCUUUCCGCUGCCGCACAUACAAGCCUGUUACAAACGAAACAACAGCGCUUGACACACUUACCUGGCCUCUUCCUGCAACUCGAUCAUCUUUAUCAAUCAUGGAGUACCAUUCGAUUGCGAGAGCAGCAAGAUUCACAAGCCUCUGAAAGUUUGUAUCGAGUGCGGAAGACUGACAUCGAAGUGCUGUCAGAUCAAGAGCAGGAGGAGAAAGAGUUUGCCGAGAUGUUUCCUCAAUACGAAGAUGCUGGGGCAGAAGACGCCGUGCUCAUCAAGGAGAAAUCAAGAGCAGAUGAUACCAAAGAAGACAAACGAUCUUUCACACCAAAUCACGUCUUAUCUUUCCAUCAGCUUGUUCUUGAGGUCUUUGGGUCUUCUCAGCGUACUUCCAGCUCUCUACUAAAGGGUCUGAUCGACGACACUUUACACAAUGCCUUUGAUAGCUCGGCGUAUGAUGAAGUACUGGAUACCACCAGUCUUGCCUAUCAAGUUUCGCUCCUACAUCGCCGACAAAUCGAAGUCAAAACCUCUCCAGUUCAACCCAACUUCUACUUGUCUUCUAAUGAACCGGAAGUAAGAAAAGCUCAUUCUAUUCUCAUCCGCUUGGUUGGUAGACUCGAUCAUCUCAUUGCCGAAUGGCCAGAGCAAAUGGUUCCUCAGCAUAUCAAAGAUCGAUGCGAGCGGAUUCUCAUCCUAAGCACUCGAAGUCCAGUGGCUCAAGUACUUUCCGCAAUGGAACAGCUUCACGUCCAUACAGAAGAUUGGGAAGCGUAUGCCAAUCGAGAAAAUUCCCUUGGUACCUUCAGAGACGAAAUUUCGAGUCUCAUUAUCGAUUGGCGACGCUUGGAACUCGCGUCAUGGAUGCGACUGCUCGAUGAUCAAGCAAAUCAAUACAUUGCUCAAGAUAACGAAUGGACUUUGCGAUUGUAUGGAGCUCUCAUUCACGGCGCCGUCAGUGCCACCGAUAUCACCAAACACAUUGAAGAAGUCCUUCCUAUGAUCUCCACUUUCAUCAACACAAGUACUUUUGGUACUUUCUCUGCUCGAUUACAACUUCUUACCUGCUUCCAACAUAUGGCUACAGAUCUUUCGGCUCAAGUCGUUGGCCUUCGAUCAAUCGCAACCCUACUGCACAAUAUCAUUGCCAAUUCUCGCCUGUUCGAACCGAGAAUUGCUGAUUCUAUGCAUAGUCAACGUUCAGUCAUCGACAAGGCAAUCAAGGACUUUGUAAAACUUGCAAGCUGGAAAGAUGUUAAUGUUUGGGCUCUCAAAGCCAGUGCUCAAAAGUCACACAAGCACCUUCAUCGAAGUAUUCGAAAAUUCAGGGAUGUCCUCCGACAACGUGUUUCUCCUAUUCUUGGUGAACUUACGGGUAUAGUAUCCCAAGAAACUGCUGUGUCAUCGGAGCAAACUUUGUCAACGGUAUUCGACAUAUCUCCAUUGCCGAUCCAGGCGAUAGAAGCUAGACGUCAAGCGAACCAGACUGUCCCAGAUCUUCUUGUCCGACUUGAGACCACAUUCACCCAAUACUCUCAUAUUCAUGAGCGGAUUCGAUCUUCUUUGACUGGCCUCAGUGCUUCUCAUAUGGACAAUAUAGCGGUUGAGAUUAUCGAAACCGCCGCUGCUCUUGCCAAAGCUACACCAUCUUCACUGACAAAAGAAAACAAGAAGAUCGUCAAUAAUCUUGCCAGCAGAAAGCGAAAAGCCUUUUCAGAUUUGCUGAAAGCUCUGCGAGCUUCCGGAUUUUCGAACGCUGUACGAGCGGAUCAACUUGCUCGUCAGCAAUCAACCAUCUGGCUGGCAAGCAGACCAGCCAUCUCCGUUGAAGGUCUUCCAGCAGGAUUUGACAUGACUGGUGUAAAGAAAAUCGAUUCUUACCAUUAUAAGAUGGACGUUAUGAUGUCAGCUUUACGAGCUGCAUUCAACGGACAUAAUGACGAUAUAGCAUCUCAAGACUUGGAAAGAGGCAUCGGCUUCACGGAGUCAGUGUACGCUGCUGCUUUGACUGAAAGAGAUAGGACUGCGAUUGAGGUUAAAAUUCUCGCUAAAAUCUCCUCAAUCCUUCAUCGUAUACGUCACUGCGGACAAUCAACCUCAAUCUCCGGAAGUCAAGCUAUUCUGAGCGCCCUCAUUGAAGCAGAAGCAUUCACCAGUCAGAUCCAUGGUGCUCUUCGCGAAGUUGAAGAUGGUAUUCGACAAUUGCGAGAAUUGCGAGGGACGCAAGUCCGAACGGAUGAUACAACAGUACUUCAUGAACUUAGACAGGAGACGAGUAUACUUGUCCAAGCACUCUCAUUGGCGUUGGACUUGUCGAAGCAUUCUGGCUGUUUGAUUUUCACUGAUGAUGAAGCCGGUUUACUCGAAACAUUUGGACGGAUCCGCAUCAGACUUAUGGAGUCUUUCGCUUCUCAAGCUAUCGUCUCACCAGAUUUACGACACCUCCUUAUUCCUGUACUUGAUAUGGUAAAACAAAUGAGACAAUUCGCUUCUCCUCAGCCUAAAUCUGGUCUGUCUUCGCAGGCCUGGAAACUAAGUGACGAAUUGAUCCAAGCAUUACUUGUGGUCACUCAGCAAAUGAAAGCACCACCACUUUUAGAAUUGCAAGAAGACGAGUCUCCUCAUGUCCUGACAGAGCUCAAGGAGCAACGAAACUUCACUGCUUCUUUGAGAAUAUCUGAGAUCAUUGAACGUGUCGUCGCCUUUACGGAGACUCUGACCGACGAACAAUUCGCCUCAACUUCUGCUCCUGACUGUCUGGCCAGAAUCACACCUUUCCUGGAAACUCUGGCCGAAUCUUACGCUCAAUCCGUAUCCUCUCAUGUACAAAUCGUGAAAGCAACUUACAAACUGUCUUAUGUUGUUGGAAGGAUAAUGCUUGAUCUUGCUCAAAAGGGAUUCUGCAAGCCAUCUGAACAAUCUGAAGAUGACGGAUCCGGUGGAGAUGGUGAGAUGACAGAAGGAUCAGGUAUGGGUGCAGGAACUGGUGACAAGAAUGUCUCAUCUGAAAUCAAGGAAGAAUCCCAAGUUGAAGGUUUACAAGGUGAAGAAGAGGAAGAAGAGCAAGAUCAGCAGAAAGGUGAUGAUGAAGAUGAUGACGCUUUCAGUAUGGAUGAGGAUUUCGAAGGUAAAUUGGAAGAUGGAAAAGAGAAAGAUGAUGAAGCUGGAAGUGGCGAUGAAGAAGAAGAGGAUGAGGACCACGACGAACAUGUUGGCGAUGUUGAUCCUUUAGAUCCCGGAGCCGUAGAUGAGAAGUUCUGGGGAGAAGACAAAGAAGAAGAGCAGAAAGAAGGCGGAAACGAGGAAUUGAUGGAUCAAAAAACCCAAGAGCAAGAAGGUGAAUCUGAAAUGGCCGCCAAAGAGAAAGAAGGUAAGGAUAGCAAAGAAAAAGAGAAGGACAAGGAGAGAGAAGAAGGAAAAGAGGGUGACGAAGCUCCUGAAGGACUGCAAGAAGAACAACAGAAGGGUGACGACGGCGAAGGCGAAGAUAUCGAAGAGGAUCAAGUGGACCAAGAAGGUGAAGAACAGGGUGAAGAAGAUAAACCUGCUGCUCAAGAUCAAGACCAAGUCGCUGUGCCAGAAGGAGACAAGCUUGAUUUACCUGAAGAUUUGAACUUUGACGAAGAAGAAGGCGAAGAUGGUGAUGGCGAAGAUGGCCUGGACGACGAUAUGUCGAUUCCGGCUGAUGGAGAAGACGAAGAUCACCCAGAUCGCGAUAAUGGUGAAGAUAUAGAUAUGGGUAAUGAGGAAGAAGGAGAAAUGACCGAGGGAGCCCCUCCUGCAACGGGUAUAGGUGAGGAUGAGACGGAGGAGGAAGCUCAAACAGAGCAGAAUGUGGACACGUCUGCUUCCAACGAACUCGCUCAGGAAUCUGAACUGAGCAAAGGCGUUAGUGGUGGUGCAGAAGGAGAAUCGAAAGAGGAGAAAGAUGCUGAGGCAAAGAAUGACGGUGAAAAGGAAGAAGUGGAGGCUGAGGCCCAGGGCCAAGAUGGACCGGCUCCACAAUCCGAACAGCAAUCUGGUCCGUCUAACGAUCAACAGCAAUCUGAUGGCCCUGUAGACUCUACCGGUGCCCCUCUUCCUGCUCAAGAUCAGUCUCAACCCCAAGCCUCUCGAAGUCUUGGCGAUAUCCUGAAAGAUAUUCGAAGACGUCAAGAUGAAAUCCUUUCUCAGCAAGAGAGGGAACAACCUCCAGAUGAUCAACAAGCUCCCGAACAAGGUCCUGGUCAAGUCGAGUACAUUAAGGAGGAUGAAGCCAAAGAAGAAGAUAUGCAGGCUCUUGGACGAGCUGGAGAGGAAGAAAGACAGAAAUUGGAGGAUCUCAAUAUCAUUGAUGAGGAAGAAGGUGAAGGGGAGAUAGGUGGCAUAGAAAAUCCGGACGACGAAGAGGAAGAUACAGAACUUGAUAAUGGAGAAUUCCAAGAACGCGAACUCACUCACCGAUCAGCUGCACCGGUCGAUCCUGAUAGAGAAAGGGAAGAGAAAGCUCUCACUCAAGCAGACAUCGGAACUGGACCUAAAGGGCAAUCGGCGGAGGAUGCUACGGAUGCCGAUUUCGAUAUGCUCGAAGAUGAAGAAAGCAUAGAGAACAAAGAUGUCAAACCUGAUCUUGAAAUCGAAGAACCCGAAGUUGCUCUCGUUGAGUCAGCCAUCACUGCCACCGGAAACUUAGCUGCUGAAGACUUAUGGCGACAAUAUGCGUCAAUGACCAGUGACUUAUCUUACGCUUUAUGUGAGCAACUUCGAUUAAUCCUGGAACCAACUCUAGCAACCAGACUUCAAGGUGAUUUCCGCACUGGAAAAAGGUUGAACAUGCGCAAGAUCAUACCAUAUAUCGCAUCUGAAUAUACAAAAGACAAAAUCUGGUUACGCAGAACUAAGCCUUCAAGGAGAGAAUAUCAAGUGCUGUUAUCCUUGGAUGAUUCAAGAUCAAUGUCAGAAUCGCAUUCAAUCGACUUGGCAUAUCAAACUCUAGCGCUAGUAUCACAGGCUAUGAAUAAAUUAGAAGUUGGUCAAGUCUCCAUUGCCAAAUUCGGUGAAUCCAUCGAGAUUUUACACCCGUUCAAAGAAGGUGGAUUUACAGAUUCCGAUGGAUCAAACGUCAUGUCAUCUUUCAAGUUCAAUCAACAUAAAACAGAUGUAGCAAGUUUAGUUGAAAGGACACUAAGUUAUUUAGCAGAAGCUAGAUCUUCAAGUAGUAUGAGCUCAAGUUCACCUGAUUUAUGGCAAUUACAAAUAAUCAUAUCCGAUGGUGUCUGUCAAGAUCACAAUAAGCUUCGAAGGUUAUUGAGGAAAGCCAUAGAAGAAAGAGUGAUGAUCGUUUUCAUCAUUGUUGAUUCCUUACAUCAAUCUACUACGGGCCCAAGUCAAUCUCAACCGGCUGGAUCGUCAGCGACAAAUGGAGGAGGAAGUAAACCCAGUAUUUUGUCAAUGCAGACUGUCGAAUACAAGAUGGAAGGAGGUGAAAUGAAAUUGGAUAUGAAGAGAUAUCUAGAUACUUUCCCGUUCGAGUUCUAUGUGGUGCUCAGAGACGUAGAAGCCUUACCGGGUGUGUUGGCGGAUACGUUAAGACAGUGGAUGGCUAGAGUCAGCCAAUCUCAGGAAUAG